GUUGCAUGUGGACGCGCGAAUAUUCCGUUUGUAAGAUGGCGGUGUGAGCGCACGGCCUGCUGCUGCUGUUCCUGUACGCGCGAGGUUCCCGCGAACAUCACUCAAACACUCGACACUGUCGGUUUGACGCGAACGGCUGGCGGGAAACGGUGUAAGGUAAGUUGCGAUGGCUAAGCGGAUUGCAGAUAAGGAGUUGACGGACAGAAACUGGGAUCAGGAAGAUGAAGGAGAGGAGGCAGGAAUGUUCUCUCUCGCGAGUGAAGAUGUGAUGAAGAACCGGGCCAUCAAGAAAGCCAAGCGCCGUAACGCAGGCGCAGAGGGAGAGAGCGGAGGAGCUUUUAAUGCCUUCAAGGGUUUCGCGCUCACCACUUCAAGCGGCACGGCGUCGUUCCCGAGCUUUGGUAACGGCGCUGGCUUUAGGCCUUUGUCCGGCCUGACCAAUGGCAGUGUGGCGCCGGUCGCGCCAUCUUUCGCUGGCUUUAACUCAUCCACGCCGGCUAAGACCAACAGCGGUCUCUUAACGUUCAAAAGCUCCGCCCCGUCCAAACCAACAGACGGUGAUGUCACCUCCAACGGCUCCACCUCCGACAGCAGCAGGAGUAAAGAGUACAAUCGGCAGCUCACCGCGCUCAACUGCUCCGUGCGCGACUGGAUCACCAAACACGUCAACGACAACCCCCUGUGUGACCUCAACCCCAUCUUCCGCGACUACGAGCGACACCUGGCAAGCAUCGAGAAGAAAUACGGCAGCGGCGCGUCAGACGGCACGGGAGAACAGAAGAGCGGUGCGGCACCGUCCAUCUCCGUCACAGGCGCGGGGGCGUCCGGCAGCGGCGCAGCACCCUCGCUCUUCUCGUUUAAAGGGAAAGACACGGCAGCCGCAGAAAAACCAGCCGCUAAUGCCGGCAUCUCCUUUAAGUUCGGCCAGAAGGUGGACAGCUCUGUUCUCAGCUCGCUCGGCUCCGGCGGAGCUCCGUCUUUCUCCUUCUCGACAUCGUCAGGGACGUCUGCGUUCGGAGCAGCUGCUCCUGCAGUUUCCACCUCCGUUAGUGCUCCCGGAAACAGCCAGACUGCAGAUGAAAAUGAGGAAGAGUCGGACGAGCCUCCCGUUCCAGUAGUUAAAGAUAUCAAGGAGAAAGAUGCCUUCUACUCCAAAAAGUGCAAGUUGUUUUAUAAGAAGGACGGCGAGUUUAAAGAGAAGGGCGUUGGGACGCUGCAUCUAAAGAUGGUUUCCGAGAGCAAACUUCAGCUGUUGGUGCGGGCAGACACGAACUUGGGGAACAUCUUGCUGAACAUCAUGGUGUCGUCCUCCAUGCCUUGCUCACGAACUGGCAAAAACAACGUGAUGGUGGUGUGCGUGCCAAACCCUCCCGUGGAUAAGAACCCCAGCACGCCCGUUCCGGUGCUCAUACGGGUGAAAACGGCAGAGGACGCCGACGAGCUCCAUCAGAUCCUCCAGGAGAAGAAAGCUUGACCCGUCUCCACCCUCUCCCCGUGCUCAUGUUCAUACGUGUUUGUGACUGAACGUGGCGUGCACAUCCCCGGUGACAUCAUAUACGCAUAACCGAGUUCAGUCGAACUGUUCUUUUACGUCUUGUUGAAUCAUCUGUGUGACUGAAAGCAAUCCCGCUCACAUGCUGUGAAAUCACUUGUGGUUCUACUGUAAAACGCUGUCCGUCGCAUCAGUUUUGAGAAGAGUUGAAUGAUAGUGAGGAAGGACCAACAGUUUUAAUGGAGCUGCUAUUUAAGAAGUACUUUGAGGUUUAGACGGAGCAGACUGUUUUAUGUGGGAGGUUUUGUUCUUAAUUCAAUGACAGUUCGGGGAAUAUGUUGGAUUUUGUAAGUAUGGCGUUGUGUGCAGUUUUCGGGGACACACAUGUUGAUAAAGAGCAGGCAUCUAGAGGUCAGUAUUAAGCGUGCUGAAAUAAUUAUUUGUGUCUUGAGUUUUUUUCAAUCUGAAGAUUUCUUUUGCUCCAGCUCAAACAUUAUUUACCCACAAUGCAGUUUGCAAGCAGAAAUCGAUCUGAUCUGCUCGGUUAUUUAGUAUAGAUGAUUUUCUCCCCAUGUUUAUUCUGGAUGAGGAAGAUUGUGAUGUCCACGAAACCUGUACGAGACAAACGAAUGAAUGGCACUCUCCUCUGUGUAAAUGAACGUUUUUUGUUUCUUUUAAGUGACCUUUUUACUGCCUUAUAUAUAUAAGGUGUAUGUGUGUAAGUGUCAAACAGCACUAGAUCUACUUUAGAUGAAUGGACUGCUAAAUAAAUCAAAUGAUAAUGAUGAA